AUGUCUGCUUCGCAGGCAACUCUGCGUCAGCUUCUCAGUGCUGGCGUCCAUAUUGGUCAUAAGACUUCAGCGUGGAACCCGAAGAUGCGCCCCUAUAUCUAUGGCGAGCGAAAUGGAAUGCACAUCGUUGAUCUUCAGCAGAGCGCAGUUUGUUUAAAGCGUGCCCUGGAAGUUUUCCGAGCCGCGGGUCGUGCAGGACUUCGUCAGCUUUGGUUGGGCCCCAAGGAUCCUUUCCUGGAAAGCAUCGUACGAACGCGCGCUCGUCAGGCCGGGGCCUUCACACUGUCGGGUCGCUGGGUCGGCGGCACACUGACGAAUCCCGUAGCGAGUCGACAGAUACUGAGGCUUGGGGGCCAUUUGCCCGAUCUCAUAUUCUGUGUCGACGCGCAUCGGCACCGAACUGCGCUGCGGGAAGCACGAAUCGUGGAUAUUCCGUCUAUCGCUGUGAUCGACACGGAUUGCGACCCGGACUGGGCCACCUAUAUAGUACCGGGGAACGAUGAAUCCGCACGAGCUAUUGAUCUGUACUGUGCUUUGGCUGUCCAGGCGACACUAGACGGGUUGCGGGAACGCAUCGGCAAAGUGCCGGAUGCAGACGCAACCGUGUCUGCCGAUCGACCCGCCCGGGAUCACGAUGCUGGAGUAUUGCAAAACGACGUGAAACUUCACGAAUAA